AUGAUCAGUGACGAGUUGGUUAAAGAACGUGUUACACUUUUGUAUAAAGUUUUACAAGAAAACCCAGAAGCAGUCAAUGAGUUUUAUGAAAAAGAUGCUGUUUUAGAGAUUCAAUUCGAAAAUAACAAAACAAAAACAACAGAAAAAUAUAAUGAAACACUUGUUAAAGGCGAUCAUACUGUAAUGCGCUCAGAUGGUAUUCAAAUUGGCAAUGAAAUCACUGGCCAUACUUCAGGAUACGUAAAAAUCGAGGAUAAAUUCUACCAAUCAAACGAAAUGUUUGUUUUUUCUGCAUCAGCAAGUCCAAAAGUUUUAUAUCAAUCAUCAUUCUAUGCUCCAGUCGAAAAUCCAGAUUGGAAACCUGUUGAGCCACCAAAACCAGAGCCAAAACCAGAGCCUAAACCAGAACCCAAGAAAGAACCAGAGCAAAAACCAGCAGAAGAAGUCCACGAUCCUUCACAAUUAAUGUACAACAGAACAAUCUUAGCUUCAAACCUUACAUUCGGUAAAGAAACAGAGAUUGUAAGAGAAAGAUUCGAGAAACACUUCCAAGUUACUAAAUUCUGCACUUCUCACGGCCAAACUUUGGUCGAAUUCCAAAACCCAGCUGAUGCAAUUAGAGUAUUAGAACGUGGUAACUUCAACUGGGCUGGCAGAAACAUUAGGAUUAAAGGAAUGCCACAAGGAUUUACAUUUGAUAAGAAAGAAUAA